CACAGCGCCGCUAGUGGCUCUGUGAGUCCGCCGAGCUCUGAACUCUAAACUCCCGCAGAUCUGUUCAAUGAGAGAAGACGAUAAAAUAAUAUCGAAAGUACAUUAGUGAUCGCUUUGACGGUUCACCUCCUCAACCGGGAAUAAUAUUCCUAAGCAUAAGGAAUUCCGAUGAAUAUUCGGUGCAGUUGAUGAUCUGUGGCGUUUGUACAGUCUUGUCCGGAGUGAGACCCCGUAGAGGCUGAACCCACUGCAGCUGAUGUUCUCAGGGACCCGAGUCACGUGAUGUACGAAGGCAAACACAUCCAUUUCUCAGAGGUGGAUAAUAAGCCGCUGUGCUCCUACAGCCCCAAACUCUGCAAGCAGCGCAGGUUGAACGGAUACGCCUUCUGCAUUCGUCAUGUUCUGGAGGACAAAACCGCUCCGUUUAAACAGUGCGAAUAUGUGGCCAAGUAUAACAGUCAGCGAUGCACCAACCCCAUCCCCAAAGCAGAAGAACGGAGAUACUGUAACAGCCACCUACAGGUGCUUGGCUUCAUCCCUAAGAAGGAGCGUAAGAAGAAGCAGGAUGCUCUGGAGGAGGUUCGUGCCCGCGCUCACGUGGAGUCUGUGGCUCUGAACAUCACCGUUCCCUCUCUGGCUCUGAGAGACAAUAAUGGACUGGAUGGGCUCCCUCCGUCUCCGCUCUGCUCCCGUCUGACUCCGAUGCCUCUCUCGGACUCAGACAUCCUCGACCCCUUUGCCUUCUAUGAGGAGGACACGGACGGAGAGGAAAGCGUGGUGCAGAAGAGCUCCAGCAAGAGGAAGCUGCCCAGCAGGCCAGUGAUUGGCCUGAGGGUGACCGCCCGGGACCCAGAGCACCGUCAGCCGGACAUCGAGCACUUUAGCGCCGUCACUGAACCCUGCACACUUCCAAAAUCCCCACAACCACCUCCACCACCGGCUCCACCUCCGCCUCAACCCUCGGCGAAGCUUGUCCAGUCCCCUGAACACACAGAUCGGCCCGCUUAUGCCCAGCAUGGGGCAGUGCCGACUCUGCUAUGCAAGCCAGCUCCACCUCAGACUGGGCCUUCUGUUUUGUCUGGUCUGCUCCCGUCAGCUGGGGUUCAGAACCAGUCUGUUAGCCGGAGACCUGUCCCUGCUGCGUCCCCUCGCCCAGCUGCUGCCCAGGACUGCCCACAGCCCCGAGCCGUGGCCAUGCGGCCCACCGCCUUUACAGCACCCCCAGUCUGCCUGCUCAGACUGCAGCACCUCGUGCAGCUUUACACUCAGAGACAGAGUGAACACGGAGACCUGUUCCCACAUCUUGGGCUAGACUGGUCUGAGGACAGUACAGAUGAUGAAGAGGCAGAGGAGCUUGUUCCUUUAUUGCCUCAGGCCUGGAGACUUCAGGAAAAAAGCUCCCGUCAAAGCUCCUCCAAUGAAAAGCCAAUUUCGAGACGGGCACGCCUGGCACAGCUAUGUACAUACCUACAGGAGAGGUAUAAGCACCUGUGUCGACAGGACCGGGCAGCCACCCGUCACAGCAGAUACCGAUAUGCCUUCCGGAAAGCUCUGCUCCACGCUGCAAGCAAAGACUCCGACUGCACUGCACAGCUCAUUCAGAAACUCAGCAAGAGCUCACAGACCUCCCCCUGCUCACACAAGUAUGAAAGGACAUUGUGUACGGGAACCACGAAGGGUCAAAGCUGCAGCAGCAUAGCUUUGCCAUUUUCACGUCACUGUUUUCAACAUAUCCUGUUGAAUCGCUCUCAGCAGCUGUUCUCCAGUUGCACGGCGCGGUUCGCUGAUGGACAGCAGUGCUCCGUUCCUGUGUUUGACAUCACUCACCAGACACCUCUUUGCGACGAGCAUGCCAAGAAAAUGGAUAAUUUUCUGCGUGGGGAUGGCAACAGACGCAGUCAGCAGCUGCGGCGCCCACGUAAGAAGUCCAAGCCACCUGCACUGACGAAGAAACACAAAAAGAAAAGAAGACGAGGUCCACGCAGACCGCAGAAGCCCAUUCCUCCCGCUGUGCCACAGGGCAACUUGCUAAUGCCCUCCCUCUCACUGCCCACCCACCACGCUCAUGUCAGUAGGAGUCCAUCGACCCCUGAACUCAGCGCAGAUGAGCUUCCUGACGACAUCACAAACGAAAUGCCUGACAUUCCCAAUGAUCUUGAGCUGAAUCAGGAAGAUUUCUCUGAUGUGCUGCCCAGACUACCCGAUGAUCUUCAGGACUUUGACCUUUUUGAGGGUAAGAAUGGAGAGUUGUUGCCCACCACAGAGGAGGCAGAGGAGUUGGUCAGAGCCCUGCAGGCCAUGGGGUCAUAUCCCGACUCCCUGGUGUGUUUGUCCUCAAUGGGUGAACUGACCCCAGCAGAUGGGGUAGACCACCGAACCAUGGCUGUGUUCUCGGGAUCAGGGGUCACAGCGACUAGCAUUGGAGACCUUCUAAAUGGCCGAAUGACUUCGGAGACUUUUCCCAAUCUAGAGCUGGAGGGAAACCUCCUCCAUGCCCAGACAGACCAUCAUUUCCCAACAUCCACUUCUCCCCAGCCAACUCAGAGCAGCACCACCACACCCUGUACAAAUCCCAAUGGUGGGUUAACAGAACGAACGUUUUCCCGAGCUCCCAAACCGGACUUGUCCCCACCAGGUAGUCAUUACAGCAGCGAGCAUGUGCCAACGCCCUACAGGGAUCCCAUCUCACCCCCACAUGGUGCCUCUUAUCAAACCGACCCGCCUCUCUUGCUGGAGGUGCCUUUGAGUGGAGCUCCUGGGCCACCGCGCACCUCCUGGAAUAACCUCCCGCUUUCUCUCACAGACCCGGCACAGUUCGGUAACCUCCUCACUGCUGAAACUCACCUGCUCUCCACUGCUCUGUCCACCCCUCCCUCCAUGUCCCAUUCCACAAUCCUGCAGCCCACCGCUGCUCUCUCCGCUCUACCCCAACCGGGCCUGACCGGCCUCACCUCACCAUCAUCCUCGCCCUCUUCACGGGAUUUUCUCACCCACACCCAACCUAAACUACAGCUCCCACAGUUUAGCGCAGCCUUCGGCCACCAACUGGCUUCCCACAGUGGGAUUCCCAAAGACCUGCAGCCUAGCCAUAGCUCAACAGCGCCACCUACAGGCUUUACCAUCACUAGUGCCACUGCUGCCACUCCCCCGUUCCCUCAGAGCAACUGAGUCUGGUUAGAGAGACCACCCCAUCUCACAUUUUAAAGGGAUAGUUCACUCAAAAAUUAAAACUUUCCUUAUUAACUCACUCUCAUGACUUCCGUUUGUCCUUGAAACAUGAAAGGAUAUAUUUUGAACAAUGUUCACUCUCUGCUCUUAAAAAAAUUUUUUAUGUAGCAAACAAGUGCUGUCAAUCUUCAAAAAGCACUCUUAAUUUCUGCACAUUUAAACUGGUGUAUAACAAUCGGUUAUGACGUGACGAUUACGAUUGUUUAGCAUUGUAUUUGCAUGGCAUAUUUGCCUGUUUACACACUGCAAGAUUGAGUAUAGGCCUGUUCACACCAAGACAAAUGUUAAGUAAACAUUUUAAUUUGAAUGAACGGUCGUUGAUGCAUAUGUAACACAAAUAUUGUACACGCUCAGUGCUAAUUUGGCACACAUUAGGCAGUCGUGGCCUAAUGGAUAGAGAGUUGGACUUGUAACCCGAAGGUCACGGGUUCAAGUCUCAGGUCCAGUAGGGAUUGUAGGUGGGGGGAGUAAAUAACCAGUGCUCUCUCCAACUUCAAUACCACGACUGAGGUGAGACCAUUGAGCAAGGCACCACACCACAAACAAUCUAAGCUGUGUAAACAGGCCUUUAAUUACUUCCAUUUCAGUCAGUUUCUAACACAAAGCUACCGUAUGUCUUCACUUGGAAAAUAGUAUACAAAUCAUAUGGACCCUUUUGUUAUGGUGCUUUUGUUUCCAUUCAUUUCUAAUUUCCUGAAGAAGAGCAGUCUGAACAUUCUUGAAAACGUCUCCUUUUGUGUUCUUCAGAAGAAAAUGUGGCUUUAAGGGUUUCUCUUUUGGGUGAACUAACUCUUGAAUGUCCAUCACCAACCUUAGAUCAGCAGCAGAUUUGAGUCUUUCUGUACACGUAUUUGCUUGGUCUGUCAACAGUGUCCAUCUUCUGUUUGUUUUCGUGGUGAUCCAAGAGUUAUGUUUUACUCUCAUAUGCCCUUUUUCCACUAAAUGGUGCUAGUGCAGGAGCCAGUGAUCUAUGGAGCUAUCCCAGAGACGACCCAUAUUUCUGGAUAGCCAAACUAUGAUCUAACUGACUACAUAACCAAAUCAUGCGCAUUGCAGUCUUAGUUUAUUCAAGUUUUUAAGAACUUAUUUUUAUUGAAUUAUCAUAGAAACAAUCACGAUUCACAUAUGAUAUUUGUAAAUAAAUCAUUGUUUUAGACGGUGACAAUAAUGUUGUUUGAGAAGCUGUGCAGCACGAUUCAAAUUAGAAAUGUCAACUGUGGAUGUGCAACAUAUAUUUUUACCUUAUAUAGGACUCUUAUAGCAUCCAGUGACUCUAAUGUUACUAGAUCUUUGAGAUCUGCAGGUUUAGAAGGUAAGGCACAAAAACCACCUUUUUUCAGUGGAAAAACAUGCAAAAUGGUGCCAGGCAUCAGCACUGUGUCAGUGGAAAAGGGUUGAUGGUCUGUUGUAUUAAGGCUAGUGGAUCAUAUAUUCUUGUCAUAUUACUUAUUCCAUUAGUAUAAUAUUCCUCAAAUGAGAGUAGCAGGUUGAUGGUUGGCUAAUGUCCUGUAGGGUCUUUGUGAGAAGAAUGUGCUGGCUGGAGAGAGAGCAAGCAAGACUUGUUUAUACUUGGUAUAAGCACCAGUUUCGGGUAAUCUGAUCACAAGAAGUCAUCUGAGGAAUCAUCAUUUACACGUGGUGUUAACGUGGAUUUCCUUUGACCUUAUGACCACUUAUGGUGGGUUUUGUUGAGGGGAGUUAAUGUGAAUUCAGUAGUGUGUCAUCAGUGGGUCAUUAUGUUGAUGAAGUGCAAAAAUUGGCACACUCGUGCACUCAUAUUUCAACUUGAAUGAAGAUAGGAACAAUUUCCUAUUUCUGCAAUAUCUUGUUCUUUAUUUUCGAGCUAGCUGUCACUCACAUGAGAUUGCAGCAAUAACCAAAUGACAGCGAACCAAUCAGUUCCUGAUUGACAAAUAAAGUCCCGCUCUUCGAGUCAACUUUAUAGUUGUACAUGGCUUGCAGAAUUGCAGCCCAUUGAUUAAGUCUUAAACGAGAAGGUGGUCCAGGGUGUGUUAUUGUAAUGUGAUGUGGCAUCUCUGAAAGUCUGAUUAGAUCACCCAAGAUGCAUACCAAGUAGAAAAACAAACCAUGAAUGUCAACACUGUCACAGUGGCACUGAAGUUGUCCAACUUUCAGCCUGAUUUUAGACACUAGCCCAGAAUGAACUCCAGCACAGCCAACAACACUCCUGUCUCUAUAUAACAGGACUGGUCUGAACUUGAUGUGGUCUCCAGAGAAUCCACCAUACGACUUGUAAUCAGGACACAAAUCUGUAUGACUGAACAGUGUGAUUCAUUGAUGGGUCUUUGCUCAUGCUCAGUGGACCAGGCCUGGACUGCUCACAUCACAAGGUGAAUUAAAGCAAUAAUCUCCUCAGCAGAGUCUCUCAUACCAGCCUCGGUGACAAACAGCUGGAUCUCAUUCUCCUUAAACGGAUGUUCAUCUUUGAUUCACGGCAAAGAUCUCAACUUCGCUAAUCUUGUAGAAACACUGACAUUGGAACUCUUUCUGUGAAGAGUAAAUGGAACAAUGACACUUUGAGGUGAUAUUUUGCCAAAUACAUGGGUUCAAAUGUUUGUUCUUCUUCAUGGUGCUUAAUCAGUUUAGGACCUUGUUUGGUCUUUCUAAUACAAAGCCCUUGGCGGCAAGGUUUCAGAGUACAGUAGAGCUGGCAGAUGGAAGGAAUGAAUGGCAGGAGAGUUGAGGUCAACUGAAAUAACCCUGCGUUUGUUUUGUGGACAUUUGGUGCAAUUUCUAUGGUGGAUGGUUUGUGCAACCUGAUGGUUCUUCUCCAGACUUCCACAGAAGUGUCAGGUUCAAACUCAGCCAUUUUUAGUCACCGUCAGUCAGCCUUAUCCCACGUGGGACCAAUGUUCCCUGCAGAUUUCAGUUUCUCUCAUUUUAAGACCGUAAAACCAAGGUUUUUGGUAGAUUUUAGACACUGAACGAUUAUCUUAUAUAUUAAGUAUUAAAUAUAUUUAUAGAAUAGAAUCCUCUAGAUUGGGUUUUAUUGGUUGAAUUGAGUGGCGAAGGGUAAAUAUGAAAUUUGAAAGAAAACGAGUCAUUUGCAGCAUACUUGGUGGAACCGAUGCAUUUAGUGGCAUAAUGUUUGGUAGUUUUAAUGGCUAUCAAAAUUCUCGUGAUUAAUCAUUUUGUAUUGAUUGAUGUUGUGUAUCUGUGGAUGAAGAGACUGUGAUCAUGUGCAACAGUAUUUUUGAUAGCUAUUAAAAAAUAACAGUCAGUGGCCGCUGAACGAUGUAAAACCACAGCCGUGACCCUUAUGCACUUAGUCUAAUCCAAUCUCACUAGCCGGAAAAGAAAAAAAGAAUGGGUCUCAUUCAUGAUUAACCAUUCUUAUGUAAUCACAUUUAGUAAUUUCUAAAGAAAGACCAGUGACAGUUUACGCAAGAAUGGUUUAAAAAAAAGAUUAAUUCUUGCAUAAACUGAACAGUUCAUAAAACUGCUGUUACAUAAUUUUCACACUGAAUGGAAUCAUCUGUAAAACAGUUAUAAAUUGUGGCAUUGAACUGGUUUAAAACCACUUAGAUUGAAUCACUAGUAGAAUCAUUCUUGUAUAAGUUGACAUUAUAUUGAAUGCAACAGCUUGCGUAAUAAUGGUUUUAUGAUGAUUUACACACAUUCUGCUCUGCUUCAUGAAAGAGAUCAUUGUGUGGCAGAAUGAUCACAGGUAUACUGGAGCUGUUACUUCAUUUGGAGGGAUCCUUGAGUAAGUCAAUCAUUCAAGGUUCAUUUGUAGUGACAAAUCAUUGUUCAUUUUCAUCUCCUGUGAUCAGCUGCACUUUCAUCUGCACGGUGUUCCACAGGUUCAAAAUGACUUUUCAGUCACUUGUGCAAAAGAGUUGUCCACCAAUGUCCAUCAGUUGUGGCAAAAGCAUUUUUGUUCCUCUAAUGAGCUGAAAUGUUGUGUGCAGUCCAAGUUUUUACUGUGUUACUACUGUGUGAAUGACAGCAGGUCUGCUGCACAGAGACACCCCCAGACAAAAGUCGCUUGCACUCUGCGUUUAGAUGGCUGACUGAUUCCUGUACUCACUGAAUGUACUGUAGAACUGUUUUUACAACUCAUAGGAUAAAUCUAGUCACCUUUUGUUAUUGGUCAUUAAUUUGUCUAAGGUAUUUUUUUGUAUACAAAAGUUUACAUUUUUAUGUAUAUUUUUCUUGUGUAAAAAAAGUAUGUAAUAUGUGUAUAAAAUUGUAUGUAAUAUCUGUAUAUAGAGUGACAGAUUUUGAUCUUGUUUUUGGAUGUAAGAAUUAAAAUGGUGUGAAUUUGUUA